AUGUCCGCGCUCACCGAAAUUACGUCCGAGGCCGACUUCUCGUCGCACCUUUCCUCUCUUUCGCCUUCUGCAUUGGUUGUCCUCUACUUCCAUACUCCAUGGGCGGCACCAUGCACGCAAAUGGGCGCUGUGCUCUCCGCCCUCGCUUCGCAGUACCCCGCCACAGCCCCGCCUACCAUCUCGUUUGUCAGCAUCAACGCCGAGGAGCUUCCUGAUAUCUCGGAGGAAUAUGACGUUUCUGCCGUGCCCUUCGUUGUCUGUCUGCGCAGUGGUCAGAUUCUGGAGUCAAUCAGUGGAAGUGAUGCCGUGAAGGUGCGCGAUGCUGUCGAGCGUCACGCGGGCCGUGGGCAGGGAGCAGGCACUAGUCCGAUGGAUGGUGUGAGAACUACCAUUCCUCCUCCACUGUCUGCUGUGCCACGUGAGGAUGGUCCAAUUACUGCGACCCAGGCUCCUGUCUCUGCUUCUCAAGCACCUCCUGCCGACUCGGCCAAUGCCACCGCUGUCGCAUCCGCUCCUGGUUUGACACCAGAACAAUCCAAGGAAGCUCUGUUUGCCCGUCUCGAGCAGCUGGUCAAAGCUGCAUCAGUCAUGCUUUUCAUGAAGGGAACCCCCAGCAGCCCACAAUGUGGCUUCAGUCGACAGCUGGUCGGCAUUCUUCGUGAGCGCAGCGUCAAGUACGGUUUCUUCAACAUUUUGGCCGAUGAGGACGUGCGACAGGGUCUCAAGGAAUACGCCGAGUGGCCUACUUUCCCUCAACUGUGGGUUAGCGGCGAGUUGGUUGGUGGCUUGGACAUUGUCCGUGAGGAAAUUAACGCCGAUCCCGACUUCCUCAACGAGUUCUCCGUCAACAAGCCCACCGCAGUUUAA